AUGGCUACUGAAGAUAAUUCUUCGACUUCCAAACGACCAUUUGGUUUAUCUUUUCCCAGCAAACCAAAAACGAAAUCAACUACGAUAGCUCCAAUCAACAAAAAUUGUUUCGCAGCCUCAGCUUUCUCACUCGAUGACGACGAUGAUGCAGACACAAAGAAGACAAUGUCAAAACCUCCAACGUCAUCUCGUCUUGCACUGAAUCCUAAAGCUCAACGUGAUAUCGAACAAGCUCUUGAACAAGAUCCAAAUAUUUACGAAUACGAUGAAGUUUAUGAACAAGUCAGCUCUACUGUGCAGCAAGAGCAACGACGCGAAGAAAAGAAACGUCUAGAACGGGAAUCAAAUACAGUUCGAGCACCGAAAUAUAUCGCCGGUCUUUUAGAAAAGAAGGUACUGCGUGAAAAAGAACACGAACGAAGAGAAGAACGUCGUAUUCAGCUUGAACGUGAAGCAGAAGGUGAUCUUUAUAAGGAUAAGGAAGUCUUUGUGACCUCAGCGUACAAAGCUAAAUUGGCAGAAAGACAAGCUGAUAUAGAACGUGAAAAACUGGAAGAAAAACGAGAAGCUCUAUUGAAUUCUUUUCAACAAGAUAAUAUGGAUGCGUUCUAUCGAUUUCAAUUCAAGCUUCGAACAGGCGAGGAAACCAUUCUUGAAGAGAGUGAAAAGACUAAAACUGAACCAAAAUUCGAAAAACCUUCUGCUACAUCUCGAAGUGCUCGACAACUACGAACUCGCACAGCUGAUGAAGAUGACGAUGAAGCCAUGGACGGUGGUCCUGUUGACAGCGAAAAUGAUAAUAUGUACACACGCGCUCGUGAAAAACAUGCUCGAGAAGUGAAACAGGAACAGCGGCAAGAUGACGAUGAAGCACCAGUUGUUGUCGAAAAGUCAGUCAAACAACCAGUUAAAGUCCGACGAAUCAAUGACCCAAGCACUCAGGUAUACGACGAUGAAGAAUUCGAGAUGGAUGUUAGUACGACAACGAAGGAGAAGAAACCGGAAAAGGCCAAGGAGGUAAAAGUUAAUACCAAAGAUGACGACGAAGCAAUGGUCAGUAUGCCAAUCGCAACUGAAAAGAAGCGACUGGCGCAAGAAACAAGAAUUGAAAGAAUACGGCGGUUGUGCGAAAAACGAACGGUGGAUGACGUGUUGGAAAAGGCGAAGCAAGCCUACUACGAACGACAACAAAAACGUGAUCUAUAUAAGGACUAUAUCGAAAGAGCAGAAGCAUAA